AGGGUUUAUCACUCUGGACCCCUCCUCUCCUUCUCUCACUACACUACACUAAUCUCUCUCUCUCUCUCUCUCUCUCUCUCUCUCUCUACACUUAUCCUUCUUUUCACUCAUUCCUCAAGUCUUGCCUUCAUUCCCGGCCACAAAAGUCCAGAAUUGACCGACUCUUACAGCAGCUUGGCCAGAUUAACAUUUGAUGAUUUUGUUGCUUAUAUAAGAUAGUCAGUUGUGGAAUAUUUAAUUAAAGAGGGGAGCAAACAGAUCCUUCACAGUUGUGAGACGUAAUGGAUAAAAAGCAAUUGAAUUUUAAUGUGCCACUUCUAUCUGUGAGGCGAGUUCCAUCGGCAUUGGCUUCUUUAGGUGGAGAUAAUGGAAAGAGAACUGAGAAUUCGCAACAAACUAAGAAGAAAUCUCUUUCAUCUUACCAAUCAGACUUUGAUUUAGGUGAGGUUGUAAAACCGGCCACUGUUCCUUUUUUGUGGGAACGGAUACCUGGAAGAGCUAAACUUGGAACUGAUAGCCAACCUCAACCUCCUAAGGAGCCUGCCAAUACUCCAAGGCUUCCACCAGGAAGGGCAAUGGAUGUUAAAAGGCAGCUUUCUGGAGAAUUAUCCAAAGUGCAAAAUGUGAUCAGGGCCCACAAUGAAGAACCAUCUUUGAAUGAUAUUGCAGCCUUACUGGAGAGCUUGAGUAAGGGAAUAAAUUCAAAUGCAGAUUCAGAUUUGGAAAGUAGGGAUGACGCAUACUCUGAUGCAGUUGACACACUAUCGUCAACGGAAUCGUUCUCUUUUAACUGCAGCGCAAGUGGUUUAAGUGGGUAUGAUGGUCCUGAUUUGAAGCCAUCUGGAACCUUUGACUCUGAUCCACAAACUCGAGAUUUCUUAAUGAGUCGCUUUUUACCUGCAGCCAAGGCUAUGGUGUUGGACAUGCCUCAGUAUGUCCCAAGGAAGCAACCUGUGUCACAUGAACAACCUAGACAGACUAAAAAGGUGCUCAAUGGGGAAGGGAGGCCUCUACUUGAACAAUACGGAUCUACCGUUAUACCUCAUUAUGAUCAGCAUAUGGAGGAUGUAGAAAGUGAAGAUGGAGAUGAGGAGUUUGAUGAUUUUGGCAAUAGAUCAACUAAAGCUUGUGGGUUAAUUCCUCGAGUAUGCUUAAAUAAUUCGUUGUGUCUCUUAAAUCCGGUUCCAGGGAUGAAAAUGAGGACCCCAUCUCCUAUGUCUUCCAGACCGACCAGGACUGCAUAUAGUGGACCCCUACCUCAAGUUGUCAACAAGCAUGCUUGGGAUACUGCAAAUAAGAAAACACAUGAUUCCUCAAACCAAUCAAAUAAGCUGCUUGAGUUUGAUAAUAAGCGAAUAAUUGGUGAAUCCAAUCGGUUAACUUACUCCAGUGACUUGCAUUUGACAGAUGAGUCAUCUCCAUACAGGCGUUCCAUAUCUCCCUACCGGAAUUUUGCACCCCAGUCUCUCUUCAGUGAAGGAGCAGGGUUUCUUGGUGUACCGAAGGUAGUUGAGACUGUUAAGCCAAAAAGCUUCAAGUUGUCUAACAAAGGCUCUAACAAAUUUCUGGAUGUGUCACCCAGGCCACCCUAUCAAAGAUAUAAACCGGGGUCAGGUUCAGUGAGUCCCACAGUUGAGAAAAUGUUGUAUAUAGAUUCUGUAAAUGAAUUAGAACCGAUUUCUUCAGAACCCAAGGGGGUCACUGACUCUUCUGGUGAGGAUUUAAAGACCUUGGUGGAAGAAGAAACUGCCAAGGAAGAAUUUUCUUUUCAAGAUAUUAGAUUCCAGAAUAUUUUUGAAGGAGGCAGCAUACUGAAGCCUAAAGCCUCAGUGUCUACUAAAGCUGAUUUAUCUUCUUCCGCUCUCACAUCCGAUCAGAGAUGCCAAGCAGGCAGAAUAGAGGGAUCAAAACAAGACACAUUAGAUCUGAAAUGCCAAGCAGACAAGAUGGAGGAAUUGAGACGAGAUCAAAGUCUCAAUCAGGUCUCCCAGUCCUCUGAAUUCUCAAAAGUGUAUACCAGUGGAAACCUGGAUAUGAAAAAUGAACACAAUCUAAAAGCAGAUGGCCUAGAAAAUUCUAAUGGUAGCUCUUUCAAGUCUCCGCUUCAACCGCCUUUACCUAAAUCCCCUUCUGAGUCUUGGCUUUGGCGUGCGCUUCCUUCCAUUUCCUCACAAAGUUCAUUUUCACAUUCACUGUUUCGUCCUAAAAGGCAGGGUCCUGAAACUUCCUCUACUGGUACCAAGUGGGAAACCAUUGUGAAAACUUCUAAUUUGCAUUAUGAUCGUGUACGUUAUUCUCAGGAACUGAUUCCACAUGCUUCUCAGCACUCCAAAACUGAAAAGUGAAAAUGUCUUCCGCAAAGUAUGAAGCAGAGGUAAAAGUCACACUCAGGAAUCCAGUAAAAGAUUACUGUGCUUUUGGGAUGGAAAUUUAGGAUAAAAUUUGACGCUAUCCUCGGUUUGAUAACCCGAAAUUUGGAAAAGAAUAGAAAGCUUGCAGCUGAGUUGCAAUGAAGCAGCAUUAAUGAAGUAACUGUUGUUGAAUUCUAGUCACAAAAGAGCAGAACUAGAACCAAAAUGCUAGAAAAAUCAGUUGAUGCAAGGUUGUUUUUCUCAUAAAAUUUGGGCUUUCAUAACAAAAUUGUUAGUUGAUCAUUUUCUGUAACCAACUUGUCGAUUAGACAUUUAAUUGCAGUUUUGGAACUUUUUGCUCAUAAUUGUAAUUCAUUUUCCAAUUUUUCUUUGAUCAAUUCAAUUAGUUUUGCAAUUAAAAUGACAAUAUAAGAUGACAACUGUAUAGUAGUCUAAGUUUGAAUGAGAUCUCCUUUUCAUAAGUA